AUGGAGUUUUCAAAAAUCUGUUUACUUUUGGCCUUUGUUUUUCUGUUUGUCUCCUUUGUAGCCGGUGGAAACACUCCACCUUCUGGCCCAAGUCCCAGAAAAUCUCCAGGUGAGGCACCUAUGCAAGUGGUUGAUGGUAAAACUCCUCCUUCUGGCCCGAGUCCUAGAAAAUCUCCAGGUGAGCCACCUAUGCAAGUGGUUGAUGGUAAAACUCCUCCUUCUGGCCCGAGUCCUGGAAAAUCCCCUGGAGAGCCACCUAUGCGAAUUAAGAUUAAAAAUUCUGAAGUUGAUGGGAAGACUCCUCCUUCUGGCCCAAGUCCUGGGAAAUCUCCAGGUGAGCCACCUAUGCGAGUUAAGACUAAAAAUCUCCAAGUUAAUGGUAACACUCCUCCGUCAGCCCCGAAUCCUGGAAAAUCUCCUGGUGAGCCUCCCAUGCAGAUUUACAUAGAAAAACAUUAA